AUGUUGCUGAGCCGACUCUGGCACCAGGCCAGCGCUGCGCGUGGCAGCAGGGCCCCCGUCGUCUCCUUCACGGCUGCGGCGCUUACUAAAACACUGGUGACCGAUCCGCCGCCGCUGCCGCCGAUGAAGGGCGUCGCCUUUGGCACCCUCUUUUCGCCGCACAUGGUGAUAAUCGACUUCAGCGACGGCAGGUGGGGUGCGCCGGCGAUCGUACCUUUCGCCAACUUUUCGCUGCCGCCGCAGACGUCGUGCCUGCACUACGCGACACAGUGCUUUGAGGGAAUGAAGGUGUACGCGGACAUUGCUGACAUCACGAGGGCCGCGAGGGGUGAGAAGCUGGAGAAGCAGAGCCUGCGCCUGUUCCGCCCUGACCGGAACGUUGCGCGCCUGCGCCACAGCAUGCGCUCUCUGUGCUUCCCGGACUUUGACGAGGCGGAGAUGCUGAAGGUGAUCACGGAGUUCGUGAGGACGGAGAAGGAUUACGUGCCUAAGGAGCACGGCUACUCGCUUUACCUGCGUCCGGCUGCUAUCGGCACCGCAGAUAGCCUUGGCGCCACUCCCUCGAGGUCGGUGCGUCUCUUCGUGAUUGCUUCGCCCGUGGGGCCGUACUACCUGCCGCCGGAGGGUCAGUCGGGUGCGAUGGCCAUCAAGCCCGUGACGCUGCUGGCGGAGGAUAAGCGCAAGCGCGCGUGGCCCGGUGGCACUGGCGGCAGCAAGCUGGGUGCCAACUACGCUGGGCCGCUACUGGUUCAGGAGGAGGCGCAGGCUCUCGGCUACAACCAGGUGUUGUGGCUCGGCUCCAAUGAUGAGGUGCAGGAGGCCGGAUUCAUGAACUUCUGCACGCUGUGGAAGACGAAGGAGGGCAAGACAGAGCUGGUCACCGCGCCACUGGACGGGACGAUCCUGCCCGGCGUGACGCGCGACUCGAUCCUGGCGCUUGCACGGUCGUGGGGCGAGUUCGAGGUGUCGGAGCGCCCGUACUACAUGUCUGAGCUGGUGGAGGCGCUGCAGGAGGGGCGCGUAAUGGAGUGCUUCGGAUGCGGCACGGCUGCCAUUGUGUCUUCCGUGAGCAUGAUUGGGUAUCGCGGCAAGGAGUACAGCGUGCCGCUCUCGGAGCCGAGCUACGCGCGCCGGUUCCUGAACGAGAUAACGGAUAUCCAGUAUGGCAAGACGCCGAGCCCGUGGUCAGUGAAGGUCGAGGCUUGA